GUCAUUUUGAGAGUGCUUGUGCGGGCCGCGCUUCUUUCGCCGGGAUCAAGCAAAAAUAAAACAUCAAGCAAAAAUCCGCUUCUAAUUCGGCAUUUAUAGUCGCUUUCUUCACGAUUGGCACAAUAUCCGGUUCGUUUCGGAGUCCUGCAGCUGCUUCCAUUGGUAUCGAGUGACAAAAACGAGGAAUGCUGCCGCGCAAUAAAAUCUUCGUCGGCAGCUUGCCGCCGUCGACGAAACCGGAAGAGGUCCGGCGCCUGUUCGAGAACUACGGUGUCGUGACGGAGUGCGACGUGAUGAAUCGGUGCGCCUUCGUGCACAUGCAAACCCCGGACAUGAUGGACAAUGCGAUCCAAGCGCUGCACAACAGCAACUUCAAGGGAGUGACCAUCAAUGUGGAAAGGGGAAGGACCAAGGACCGUGCGCCGGGUAGCGGUGGGGACGGCAGGGAUUCCGGUGGCCGUGGUGGAUUCCGCGGCGGAAGAGGAGGAUUCAACCAGCAAAGCAGAUCGAGUUACGAUGAUGGUGACCGUUCGGGUGGUCCGAUGAGAAACAACCGAGGCAACAUGCGCAAUCAACCGUACGGUUCCGGCGGUGGAGGUGGAGCCGGUCGUGGUGGAAGCUUUGACGGCCAGAGCCAAGGAGGCGGCUUCCGUGGUGGUCGCGGUGGCGGUCGUGGCGAUUUCAGUGACCGCGGAAGCGGCGGACGGGGAGCAGGUGGCCACAACAACUCCGGUGGUUCCGGGGGUAGCCGCUUCUCCGGAGGUCAGCAGAGUGAGGACCGACGUGGUUUUGCGCUGCCCAACGAGAGUGCAGAUAGAUUCAGUGGGGCCCGUUCCGGAGGGCUCGCCAUGAGCUCCUUCAAGGAUCCGUUUGUACGCAGAAGCAUAGGAGACACUCCGGCGGGACCAUCAGCACCCUAUGUCAACAGAGGAAUUUACAGCCAAGGUAACAAUGCGGUGGUAGCUCAAGCAACGGCCAAUUAUAACCAGGCCUUUCCUCCGCUGGGAAGCGACGAGUCUCGCAAUGUAAGCCGUGGACCGCCACCGGCAGCCCAGCCACCGCAGCAGCAGCAGCAACAACGAUGGAUGCAGCAGUAAUCGCGGCCAACCGCUCCCACCUCUCAAGCACACACACACACCCAUCCAUCCACCUUCACGAAUCCGCUGUGUGCCUGUACCCUUUUUGCUGCAAUGAGGUAAAUCUAUCUCCAGAAGAGCGCCGCCACCAUUAUUGAUCCGAAAGCUGCUGGUUUUCGUUCCGGCUCGAACCCACUGAUGCAUAUUACCUAUGUAGCUAUUAUUACACUUACUUUUAGUUGUAUCAUUGUUUCCGUUCCGCCGGUCGGUCGGCCAACUCCCCGGGAGUUGUACGACGACCCAUCUUCUAACGCCAAACCACCUCACAAGAAUCUGCCUUCUUCGCUGAUGGUGCAGAACACGACGACAAACAACAAACUAUAAACCUAGUACAUUUCUGGCUAAAGUAGACUUUUCGUAGUUUUAAGUUCGAGCAUCACCGAUGCUUAGCAUAUAGUUUUUUUUUCGUUUUAUUAAAGAUGAUAUAAAAGUAUUCGUAAGAGAUACCGGAAAUCGCCAGGCUCUUCUGCUCCUGCAUCGUACCGAACCCACUACAUACAACAGUUGGUUUGGCGCAAGCGAGAAUGUAGCUUUUUGCAAGUGUGUCAAAUCAACAGAAUACCGUUUACAUACUUAUAAAAGAACAGAACUAUUUAAAUAUAAUCGAUUCAACUCUCUA